AUCUCUCUUCCUCCUUCCUCGCCCUUUUCCUGUUUUUUUCCCUUAUCAAAGAAACCCCAUAGUCUUUGUUCUACAAUCCGCGAAACAAACAAAACCAAAACAAAACAAAACCCUAAUUUUUUUAACCUUCUUUUCAUUUACUCUUCACGAAAUCCCAAAGACGCUUCAAAAAUUCCUUUUGGCGAUUCAUCUCCAUGCAUGUAUUUCAAAAUCUCUUUUGAUUUGUUUCUGUAAACGAAGUCUCUCUAGGGUUUUUGACUUGAUCUUCGGUUUUGUUUGUUUUUUCUUUUUAUUUAAAUUAUAUGGCGAACGGUACGGAUGCGGAGGAUUUCGUGGUGCUAUCUCAGGUAAGGACUGGUGUGAAGCGUGAAUUCGAGUUUGCUUUGAAGGUUCAAGCAGAGAUCUGCGGGUCGUUGGGGCGGACUCGGUCUACGAAGGCCCAGAAUAAACCGGUUUGGAGCCCAGGUAACAGAAGGAACAAGAAAUUGAAGGAAGAAUCUAAGGUUGAGAAAGAUAAGAGUGAUUCGGAGAAAUCUGUGAUGGUUGUGGAGGAAUCGGUGGAUUUGAUGAGUGAAGAAGAGGCGGAAAGCGAUGUUGUAGAUGUGGAAGAGCCGAAGAGAGAGGUUGUUGGUUGUGAAGAAGAGGAGUCAAAAAGGGUGGAAUUGGAAAAGGAAGAGGAAGUUAAAGAUGGGGUUAUUGAACCAAUGUGUGAAGAUGAGGUUGACAAGGAAGGGAAGGAAAAAGGUGAAGCUGAAAUCACGGUAAUAGGUUCCCAAGAAGAUAAACUGAAGGAGGAAGAUAAGGAAUCGAAAAUGGAUGUCAACAUUAGCGAGAAGGAAAGUGAAUUGGAAAAUGCAACGGAGAAUGUAGAAGAAGAUAAGGGAAAGGUGGAUUUGAUGAUAAAAAGUGAGUCCAGAAAAGGGGAAUUGGGAAUGCCGGUUUUGGUUCGUUGCCAGGAUGAUAGCAAGAUAGAGGAAAUGGUGAAGGAAGAGAAGCCUCUACGGAGGUUUACUCGAUCCUUGUUGAAACCGAAGGUGGAGACAGUGAAGGAAACUUCUGUGAGAAAUGCCGUUGUUGUGGAUGUGAGUAAUGUGAAAAGUGGUGGCCAUGAUAGUGGAGUUGAAAUUGUGGAUAGUCCAAUGAUGCCCGAAACGAAUGUGUCUCCUAAGUUUGUGAGAAGUUUCCCGACAAAGUUAAGGGAUCUUCUCGAUUCAGGUAUGCUUGAAGGAGUAAAUGUGGGGUAUUUACGAAGCUCAAAGGUUACAAGAGCUUCAGGGAGUAAUGGGCUUCGAGGAAUAAUCAGUGGCUCUGGGAUACUGUGUUUUUGCAGUGCUUGCAAGGGGCUUAAAGCUGGUCCCCCGACCUUAUAUGAGAUUCAUGCCAGUAGCUCAAACAAACGUCCAGCAGAGUAUAUUUACCUGGAGAAUGGGCAUACCCUGCGUGAUGUAAUGAAUGCGUGCAAAGAUAAUUCAUUGACCACGUUGGAGAAUGCUCUUCAAACGGUGAUUGGUUCUUCCAUGAAGAAAUCCAGCUUUUGUUUGAACUGCAGAGAGUCUAUUACUGGAGCUGGCUCCGGGAAACCUAUGAUUCUAUGUAAUUCAUGCCUGGAUGUAAAAGAGUCUCAAGAGAGCUCAACUGAGGUGGCUGAUGCUACUUAUAGAACACCCAAACCAACUGUGGUUUCAAAGUCACCUAUCAGUGCUUUGAAAUGCAGCUCAUCACAAACUAAGAGUCAAGGAAGAGUAACUAGAAAGGAUCUACGGAUGCAUAAAUUGGUAUUUGAAGAAAAUGGGUUGCCAGAUGGAGCUGAACUAGGGUAUUUUGUUUGUGGACAGAAAAUGCUUGUUGGUUAUAAAAGGGGAUUUGGAAUACUUUGCACAUGCUGCAAUUCAGAGAUAAGCCCUUCACAGUUUGAAGCUCAUGCUGGUUGGGCAACUCGUCGCAAGCCUUUUCAACACAUUUACACAUCAAAUGGAGUAUCUCUCCAUGAAUUGUCAAUAUCCCUGUUGAAAAAUCGGAAGGUCUCUACAAAUGAGAAUGAUGACCUAUGUAGCAUCUGUUUGGAUGGAGGGAAUCUAUUGUGUUGCGAUACAUGUCCAAGGGCUUUUCACAAAGAGUGUGUUUCUCUACCAAGCAUUCCAACCGGUACUUGGCACUGUAGAUAUUGCCAGAAUACCUUCCAAAAGGAAAAGUUUGUGGAACAUAAUGCCAAUGCUCUAGCUGCUGGAAGAGUUGCUGGAAUAGAUCCUAUAGAACAGAUAACAAAAAGAUGCAUUCGUAUUAUCAAAACUCCAGAGACAGAGGUUCUUAGCGUGUGUGUGCUAUGCAGAGGUCAUGCUUUUAGCAAGUCAGGAUUUGGUCCUCGUACUGUUAUACUUUGUGAUCAGUGUGAGAGAGAGUAUCAUGUGGGCUGUCUGAGGGAUCAUCACAUGGAUGACCUUAAGGAGUUGCCAAAAGGAAAGUGGUUUUGUUGCACAGAUUGCAAUAGAAUUCAUUCUGCUUUACAGAAAUUGAUUGUUCGUGGGGAAGAGAAGCUUCCUGACUCGUCUCUGCUUGUUGUAAAGAAGAAGCAUGCUGACAAUAGUUUGGAAAGCAAGGCCAAUCUUGAUAUAAGAUGGAGGGUUCUCAGUGGUAAAAUGACAUCAUCUGAUAACACUAGAGUAUUGCUUUCGAAGGCUGUUGCAAUCUUUCAUGACCGCUUUGAUCCUAUAAGUGAUUCUGGAUCAAGUAAAGGCGAUCUCAUCCCAUCAAUGGUUUACGGGAGAACUGUCAAAGGCCAAGAUUUUGGUGGCAUGUACUGUGCAAUAUUAACGGUCAAUCAAGUGGUUGUGUCAGCUGGUAUUUUUAGGAUUUUUGGGAAGGAAGUCGCUGAAAUUCCCUUAGUUGCAACAAGUACUGAAUGUCAAGGGCAGGGUUAUUUCCAAUGCCUUUUCACAUGCCUUGAGAAGCUGCUUGGCUUCCUAAAAGUGAAAAACCUUGUGCUUCCAGCAGCUGAUGAAGCGGAAUCCAUCUGGACAAAGAAAUUCGGAUUCAGCAAGAUAACCCAGGAGGAGCUGAACAAAUAUAAAAGAGACUACCAAAUGAUGAUCUUCCAGGGUACAUCAAUACUGCAGAAGCCAGUCCCAGGAAUUCGAUUGGUUAGUAGUAAAUCAGAGAAUGAAUGACUAAUGUCAUUGCAGUGUUGAGAUGGGGCAUAUGAAAUUUUGAGCAUGGAGAAGCUAGUUUUUGAAAUAGACUUUUCCUACUAAAUGUACACAGGGUUGCUUUUCUUUUAUCUGUUUGUACAGGAAAUACAAGUCAAUUAAAUACUGCAUUUUUUUCUUUUCGGGUUUGUAGUACAGAAACGAAAAGCAAAAAAAAAAAAAAAG